AGGGCGCUGGCUUGCCACUGCAGUUCGGUGGUCGGUCGGGUACAAGUGUCUAUCUGUCCGUUGCCGCUGCCAGCAGAGUCGUGUGAGCUCGCUGCCGCAGGUUACGUUGAUUGUGGUGAUUUUGAAUCCACUGUAAUCGUUAACAAUGGCCGAUCAGCUAACCGAGGAGCAGAUCGCUGAGUUCAAAGAGGCUUUCAGCCUCUUCGACAAGGACGGAGACGGCACAAUCACCACCAAAGAGUUGGGCACUGUCAUGCGUUCCCUGGGUCAGAACCCGACAGAGGCUGAGCUGCAAGAUAUGAUUAACGAAGUCGAUGCUGACGGAAACGGAACCAUCGACUUCCCGGAAUUCCUUACCAUGAUGGCUCGUAAAAUGAAGGACACCGAUUCCGAGGAGGAGAUUCGAGAAGCAUUCCGAGUUUUUGAUAAAGAUGGAAACGGCUUCAUCUCCGCCGCCGAACUCAGGCAUGUGAUGACGAACCUCGGUGAGAAACUAACGGACGAAGAAGUGGACGAAAUGAUCCGAGAGGCCGAUAUCGACGGAGACGGCCAAGUCAACUACGAAGAGUUCGUGACCAUGAUGACAUCAAAAUGAAGGGCGAGGUCCCCAAUCCACCAAAUCGCCGAGGAGCCGGGUUUGAAACUUUUACUGCUAAUAGCCGUCGAGUACUCACAUUCGGAAUCGGACCUGAGAGGAAAAAGUGUUAAUUGAGCCAGGAAAUCACGAAGAGGAUGCCAGGACGACGACGUCGACGACAGCGCCGCCUAAAAGGAGGAGAUGCAUCUUGAGUACCAAAUUUUCUGACGCUAAUCCGAUGAUGGGAAUCAGCGAACUCAUCACGAAAUUCCGGACACAAACGAGAUCAAAACGUCAAAAUUGGAAAUAGAGUUCCCAAAAGCAGCCACAACAGACCCACAACCCUACACAACAAUAUAUAUAUAUAGAGCAAGCAGCAGGCGACUUUAUGGAAGAAUCAUUCGGCUAUACAUGACUGUGUUCACCAUUCCCGCGACGACGACAGCAACAACAAGAACUUGAACCUUUCCUUCAAUCCAUAACGACUCUCAUCAUACCGACAACCGAACCUGACAAUUCCGGUUCUCUACAACAUCUUUACAUCGAUUAUUACCCUCCUGAUAUCUGGAUCAGAAGCGCCGCGGUGUCUGUCGGCUCGCGGCCAGCAGCCCCGGAGUUCUCGCGCGAGAGCGCCUCCAGAAAAGUGUUCAUCUCUUUUUUCGCCAGCCUCCUUUUCUCUGCCCCACGAAUAAUCACUGUGCGAUGACGGCAGCGACGACGGGGACAGCCUCGUUGUUGUAGUUGUUGUCGUUGUUGAAGUCCGUAAUAACAUCAACAAAAAGAGUUGUGCCGGUACUCUCGAAAAAAAUUGGCGCACGCCUGCUAGCUUCAGCUCAACCCAUUCAAGUCGCGUCGUAUCGCGGCGCCUCGCUCUCAACUCUUAUGAUUAUGGAGGAUAGAAUGUCAUACAACAUACCAGCAUCCUGCUACAUGGGACCCCUCCACUAUAAUACGCGGUUUUACCAAAGGGAGAACAACUCAAAUGAACCAACAAGAAUAACAACUACAGCGUAUCACCACCGCCCUCCACCAUCACCUUUGAAGCCCUCUCACUCUUUUUCCUAAUAUUUAUUAUGACGACAAUGCAAGAACCUUAUUUGAUAAGGGGCAUCGAGCGUGCGCUCGCCCUAGCAUGCACGCGCUCGUUUCUCUCGGACCGAUGUCCCAUUGUUCAGUAGUGGAAUCGAUGAAGAAUGUCGAAGAAAUAAAUGACGAAGAACAAACUUUGUAACAGACA